AUGAACUUGUCACAUGUUAUCUCCGAAUUCUCCUUUGGACCAUACUAUCCGGAUAUCGCUCAACCCCUCGAUUAUUCAUUUGAGACCACCGAAGAACCUUUUGUCGCUUUCCAAUACUUCAUCACGGUUGUUCCUACUACCUACAUCGCACCACGGUCGAAACCCCUUCACACUCACCAGUACUCUGUGACACAUUACAUCAAGAAAGUCCCUCAUGGAACCACACCAGGAAUCUUCUUCAAGUAUGAUAUCGACCCGGUUGCUCUUGAAAUCCAUCAACGCACGACCUCGUUUACGCAGUUUGUGGUUCGCAUCGUUGGUGUCAUUGGUGGAGUUUGGGUAUGCUUCGGAUGGGGUCUCAAAGUCGCUUCAAAAGUAUCACAGAAAGCCGGUUUGACCAGUGACGACGACGAGCCUAUCACUGCGGAAGUUACGGGAAUGUCCUCCAAGAAACGAUGGAGAGGAUCCAAUCUCGGUGGCCUUCGCCGACGAGCAAACGACGACGCUGGCAGCAACUGGUCCACUCCAAUGAACUCACCAUAUCCUUACUCGGCUCAACCUACUCCGGCUAGUCCCUAUGCAACCUUUUCGACCCAAGGUCAACCCGCCAGCCCAUACAGCCCUUACUCGCCUCAAGGCACUCCUCAUAGUCCGUACAAUACUUCGCUUCCUCCUUCUCGAUCGGCAUCUGCUGGGUUCCCUACCAGCCCAGGCCCGGGCAGUCAGUUCCUAGCUCCCAGCUCACCUUACACUCCUUCUCACUUCCCGGCUUCACCUCUCCCCAAUCAAUCAGGGUUCCCAUCUGGAGGUCUGGCACCUCCCAGCCCUAAUCCUUAUGGCGGAGGAGGAAUGUAUAGCCCGAGCCCCAUGAGCUCAGGGAGUGCUGGAUGCUUCGCCGCACAGCAAGCUCAAAGACCUCCGUCGAGGCCAUCAAGUCUU